AUGCACACAUCGUGUAUACAUUUACUUAGUAAGUACGUGUGUGCUAUAAUUCCGCGCUUACAGUUACCGUUCAUGUGUUCAUCACGUGCAGGAGUCCAAGGAAUUGGAGUCAACUAUGGCAUGAUGGGCAGCAACCUCCCGUCCCCGGACAAGGUGGUGGCGCUGUACAAAGCCAACAACAUCACCGACGUCCGCAUCUUCCACCCGGACACCAACGUCCUCGAGGCCCUCCGCGGCUCAGGCCUCGGCGUCGUCCUCGGCACGCUCAACAGCGACCUCGCCCCGCUCGCCUCCGACGCCUCGUACGCCGCGUCAUGGGUGCAGUCCUACGUCCAGCCCUUCGCCGGCGCCGUGAGCUUCCGCUACAUCAACGCCGGCAACGAGGUCAUCCCGGGGGAGUCCGCCGCUCUGGUGCUCCCCGCCAUGCAGAACCUCGAGGCCGCGCUCCGGGCCGCGGGCCUCAGCGUGCCGGUCACAACGGCCAUGGCCACGUCGGUACUCGGGACCUCGUACCCGCCGUCGCAAGGCGCGUUCUCAGAGGCGGCGCUGCCGACGGUCGGGCCGAUCGUCUCCUUCCUGGCGUCGAGGGGCACGCCGCUGCUCGUGAACGUGUACCCGUACUUCGCCUACUCGGCGGAGCCGUCCUCGGUGCCGCUCGACUACGCGCUCCUGUCGUCGUCGGCCGCGGUGUCGGUGACCGACAACGGGGUGGAGUACGCCAACAUGUUCGACGCCAUCCUGGACGCGGUGUACGCGGCCGUGGAGAAAGCCGGGGGCGGGGAGAGCCUGGAGCUGGUGGUGUCGGAGACCGGGUGGCCGUCAGGCGGCGGCGGGUACGGCGCCAGCGUGGAGAACGCGGCGGCGUACAUCAACAACCUGGUCCGGCACGUGGGGCGCGGCACGCCGCGGCGGCCCGGAAAGGCCGUGGAGACGUAUAUCUUCGCCAUGUUCAACGAGAACCAGAAGCCGGAGGGGGUGGAGCAGUACUUCGGGAUGUUCCAGCCGGACAUGAGCCAGGUCUACCCCGUCGACUUCUCGGCGUCGUCGUAG